CUCUAGAAAAAAUAUAAAGGAACACCCACCCACCCACACUGCCACACAUGCGCAGCAAAAUAAAAAAAGUAGAUAUUUGGAGUUAAAUGCGGAGGUACAAUCGUGAAGGAAGUCCAUGCGUUUUUCAACGAUCCAGAAAAAAAACCAGCUCAUUUCCUUAUGGAAAAUCAUUAUUUACCAGUCGUUUGUGCAUAAUAUAUGAAACUACAACGAAGGAAUACACAAUUAUUUACAUUCUGUUGAUAGCUGAAUGCAAUAUAACGAAAGUGUCUUAAAAAAAGUGUCAUUUUUGAAGAGUCGGGGAAUUCUGUUUACAAAGGUUUUUAAUAAUCGAAAAUUGAGGAUACUGGAGUAGGAACUUCGUAUGGGCGUGCAAAUGCAAGAUUCGGAUAUACUUUUACGAUAAUAUUGGUAUGAGUGGAGCACUUUCCAUGUACGAUGGUUUGGAGCCAGGCGGUACCUCUAAUAGCGAUGCCUUGGAAGUGGGCGGAGGAGUUACUAAAAAAUUAUCCAGAGGAAUUUCCCGUGCGACGGAAAACGACGCACUCGUUAACAAAGCACGUUUGCAAUUAGCCUCCUCCGAUGGAUUAGAAGCCCCAGAAUAUACAUUUUCUUUGCCAGACCUAUCAGUUUAUCCAGAACCAUUUCGUCAAUUCUUGGAAAAAGACCUAUUCGAGGCCGGAUGUUUAUCAUCAUUGGAAGCUGCUGGACGGCUGAAUUGGUGGUGUGGAGGUAGAAACGAUGGAUCGAGAGCGCUUUGGCCUCUUGCAACUAUUGGCGAUGGCAAUUGUCUCCUACAUGCGGCCUCUCUUGGAAUUUGGGGCUUUCACGAUAGAAAACUUACGAUGCGGGAACACCUUCAUAAUAUGCUUGCAGAAGGAGAAUAUCGGGAUGCUAUUUUUAGGAGGUGGAAGUGGAGACAGACGACACUAAAUGCAACGGCAGGUUUGGCCUACACGGAAUCAGAAUGGCAGCAGGAAUGGCAAAGCGUUGUAGAUAUGGCGUCCAUUAAUCCGCGCAAUCAAACUAAUACAUCUUACCAAAGCUUAGAAGAGGUACACGUAUUGGCCCUAGCCCACGUUCUUCGACGGCCUAUCAUAAUCAUAGCAGAAACCAUGUUACGCGACUCCGAAGGCGUAGCUUUGGCACCCAUCACUUUUGGAGGAAUUUAUCUACCUCUGGAAGUCGCAUCUUCCGAAUGUCAUCGAACUCCUUUACUAUUGGCUUAUCACUCGGCACAUUUUUCUCCGUUAGUCAGCGUUGCCAGAGGCCAGAAUAACGAAGAAGGAAUUAGUGUACCUUUAGUUGAUCCUGAAACUGGUCAGCUGUUACCAGUUCCUUUUGCCGUGGAUCCUGGUCCCGAUUGGGAUUGGACGGCAUCACAAGAUUUGUUGUCUUGUUCGCAAGACACGAUGGAGAUUUUAGUGAGGGAAUACUUGGAUUGCGAGUACCAAACACUUGCUAUGGACGAAAUGGAAAGAUUCUGUGACGGGGAUGGUUCGUCCAUGAAUAGAAAUAAAACAACAAAGCAGCUUUUAGGUGUAGCAAAACAGUUUGGAUCAAUCGGUAAAUCUAUGAGUAAAAAAUUUUGGUUGAUGACAAAGAGACCGAAAAGUCCCCCAGCCACUUCUUCUUCUUCUUCCUCCUCGUCUUCUCCCGCUGGUCCAAUUGGAGAAGGCGUACUCUCCGUGAAAGUCAAAAUUACGAGACACGGACUCAUGAAUCAGAUGGUACAAAAUUACCUCGAUUGUGCACAAGAAAGGUAUUUGCAAGAUCAUCAUUCAGACUUUGCGGGUACCGCGAUGAAUUACGGAGCCGGAAAAUCGAAAUUUUACGCAUCGAGCGAUAGUUGUAGUCAUGCAAGCGUCAGCAAACUACCGCCGAGUUCCAGUUCGAAUAAGGAUCAAACUCUCUACCUCGCCAAUUCAACUUUCUUCUGUAAUACAUCUCAAUUACCUGAUGAUGAUAAGGACUCUGUAAGGAAAUGCCGCAGUGAACAGUGCCAGUUUUUUGGCUCCCCCGAGAACCAAUACUACUGUUCGCAAUGUUGGGCGAAUAGACGACAACGUUAAUCUGCCCGUUUUAUCUCUCACAUGACAAUAAUUUCCGUCGGAAUCACCUAACUAAUGCGAUAUAGAUAAUUAUAUUUCCCAUUUUUGAACAAACGUUGGCGAAUUGCAACUGAAAAAUGCAAGGCAAGCGUUUUAUAGAUUUUAUUUUUCGUUUUAUUUAACUAUUUUUCGAUAAUCCGCCACGAUAAUCACAUAUCUUUGAGAAAUCUGUUGGAAAUCUCAGCUCUGAAAACGAUAACCAUGUGCAUAGAUCUUAACUCGUAGAGUAUUUUUGAACAAAGGAAAAUUUUUUUAUUAAAGUUUACAAACAUUACGUGUGUCUCAAGACGAAAAUAUUAAGUGAAAAAGUAUUCUCUCUUAUUUUUAAGUAAACUUUAUCGGCUCUCCCUUCUCAUCUUAAGUCACAGAUUUAUCGAAAAUGUUCAUAAAUCGUGCCUUGUCGUGUUCACUCAAAAUUUCAUAAUUUAUUUAUUAAGGCUCGCUGUACGUGGCGUAUAACAUUUACAUAAUAUUUAAAUAAUAAGCGCCACAUAGUCUUCAAGACAAAGAGAAAACUAUUUAAGAUUUAUCACGAAAUUAAAGAAUCUCGCGACUAUAUAUUACGAUUGUAA